CCAGCAACAGCUAGUUCCAAGAAAAUAAAAUGGCCAUCUGAGCCACAAAGUGGGCACGCUCUUGUCUUUCCUGGCGCUUCUGGUGUGAGAAACUGAUCUGUCCAAGUCGUUUCAAUUUUAAGUUGCUACUUUCUUUUUUUUUCUCCCCCUCUUCCAAACUUUCCUACCAUAAAUUAAUGCAAAGUUUUAGUCUCAGAACUCCAGGCCACCAAACCUUUCCUUUAAACUCCUAAGAGAACUCUAAACUUUUAAUAAAUGUUGAACCAGAAAUGAGAUCAUUUGAUAGUUAUGAUAAAAUUUCUUAUUUAUAAUACAUUUCGUUCUCCAUACUGUAGUGGUUUACUUGUUGUUGUUUUUUUUUGUUGUUGUUUCUUUUACAUAAAUUGUUAGAAAAAUGUAUCUUUCUUUACACCGAAUUAACUUUAAGGACAAUAAAUGUGUCUUAAUCUUUGGAAUGUAGAUACGCUUCACUCCCUAAAAUACGUGAUCAUUUGGUAGAAGAUGUUGAUAGAACAUUAGACUGAUUAUGAUCUAUGAUUGUUUAUAUACAUCAAUAGAGUCCAACAUAGCUGAAUAAGCAUUUCAGUAUGAAAAAUCACAACUCGCAUUGCAGAAAUGAAAGCAAUUUUACCUUUAUAUUGACUAUGUAGACUGGGGAGAUGUGAGACCACUUACCACUCACUGAUUGAUAUUUUGCUCAGAUACCCCAAGGGCUCUAAACAGAAAAAUCCCUCUUUCACACUUCUGACAAAAUACACACCAACUUACAUAAUGUUUGUGACUGCGACACCCACACAAUCACUAUUUCACACUCACUUGAGUCCUAAGCUCUGUUGUGGAUGCACUGACCAGAUGAUCCAUGUAAAGCAUACCCACAGCAAGUCACAGCGUACAUCGUGAGAGCGCGUUCAUGCUUGUAAAUACACACAUCGACACACUCCUCGGCCGGGGCUUGCUUUUUAUUGGCUGGUCUUAACUGCUUUGUAGUAUUUUUAGGCCCGUUAUUCUGGGGCCUGUGCUGGCAGGCCACUUGUACAGUAUUUAAGCCUCCCCACCAACGACUGGGGACCAGUGAGAACACACAGUGGGAACAUCAUCGGCUGACAGACCUGCAGGCAUCCACCAGACAUAAAGCAUUCUGAAAAGAAAGGAACACCAUGCCCCCAGUGUAAUGUCUGCCGAAGUGUCAUUGCACAAGUUCUCCUUUCCAUUUGCCUGCCCUGUAAGCCGUUCUUCUCAAGACAAGGUGACCCAGAAGGUACCAGUACUGGUAAAGAGCCCAGAAGUUCAUAAACUUAAAGAGAACCCAACAUUAGGAGAGGAGAACCGCGUUACAGUUGUACAGGCAUUUGUGAACAAUGAGGACCGAGCUCUGGAGAGCACAAAACCUCCUGACGGGGGAGACACAGUUGCCGCCCGGCCCUGUGUCGGUCCAGAAGCCUCCCAGAAUGCCAUGGUGGCCAGGCAAAGCGUGGCAGAAAAUCUGAGAGUGGAGGGCGAGGAUCAACGUCCGGCAGCGAAGCGGCAGCUGUCCUCAGAGAGCGCAGCCAAGUCCAUCACAGCUGUGAAAAAAAGUGCACUGAGGAAGGAGCCAAAAGAACAGAAACACCUGCACCAGAAAGCACAACUGGGACAAGGAGGGGGAGUUAAAGCUGCUCUGCCAGGCAAAAGAAAGCGUCGGAAGGACCUGUUCAAGAGCUCAGAGGUCUUCCACAGGCUGGACUCCCACGUCAUCAGGGCCGGAGAAGAGAUGAAACUAAAGCGCGUGUAUGAUGUGAAGACAAUUGUACAAAGCGUCACACAGGGAUGUAGAAACGAGCUGGAGCAACUACGCGCCAUCUGGGUGUGGCUGUGUAACAACAUUGAGUACGAUGUGAGCGGGUAUCUUGGCCACACAGAAAAGCUGAGCUACCCAGAGGAGGUGAUAGCUGCCGGCCGCGGGGUUUGCUGUGGCUACUCCAGUCUUUGUACAGAGAUGUGCAGAGAAGUGGGCAUCGAGUGCCAAGAAGUGCCAGGCCACAGUAAGGGCAUCGGUUACCGUCAAGGUCAUAGUUUAAAGAAUGUGAAGUCGGAUCACCUGUGGAACGCUGUGCUCCUGGGGGGGGAGUGGUUCCUCCUGGAUGCCUGUUGGGGAGCUGGACGAGUAGAUAUGCAACAUGAAAGCUUUGUCAAAAGGUUUGAUGACUUCUAUUUCCUAACUGACCCAGAGGAAUUCAUCGAUUCACACUUCCCAGAUGAGGAGAAAUGGCAGCUCUUGGACAAGCCCAUCUCCAUUGAGGAAUUUGAACAAAGGGUCUUCAAGACCUCAGCCUUCUUCACCAUGGGGCUCAGUCUGAUAAGUCCUCUUCACUAUCAUAUAGUCACAGAUGAUGGGGAGGCAACCAUAUCCCUCGGUUUCUCCAAGCUGACAACGUUCACCUAUGAGAUCACACAGCAUCAAGAUCUCCUCCACUGUGGAGCUUUAGAGCAGAAAGAGUCAAUCAAUUCCUCCUUUGGCCUUCUAACUGUCUCUCACAAGUGUAUGAAGUUGCAACUACUGCCACCUGAAAGCGACACAUACGAUGUCAAAUUGUUUGCAAGAUCUGGAAACACUACCACUCCUUUGGUUUGGGUUUGCUCCUUCACUGUUGAGUGUCCAAACCCAAGGGCCACUGAGGACAUGCCAGAGAACCCUUUCCUGUCCUGGGGCCUACAGCCUUUUGCAGGAUCCUUGGGUGUCAUAGGCAGUUCCCAGAACAGUGAGGUUGCCGAAGUGGAAGAUGGGGUCUUUGACCUAGUGUUGAAGACUUGCCGGUCUCUAACAGUGUUGUGUGAACUUGUCCAUCCACAAAUGGAAGGUGCUGUAGCCAGGUGCUGCCUGGCAACUCAGAUUCAACCAGAUACCCUCACAUGUUAUGUCUUGUGCCCGUUUCAUGGUUUCUACCGACUUUCAUUGUUUGUGCGGGACUAUGACAAGACAGAAGAUAAGUUCCAGAAUGCUGCGAAUUACCUACUGCACUGCAAAGAGAAGGUUGUUGGAUUAGAAGAGUUGUUUCCUCCCAAUCUGGGCUCGGCAUGUGGGCCAGGAACUCGAACGGCAAAGGCAGGGCUAUCAAGAUUCAGCCACAACUCAGCCAUUGUGAGUACCCAGCAAGGCAAGUGUAACCUCACCUUCCACAACCAGCAGGACCUUGACCUUCACUAUGUUCUCAGCAAAGAGAACAUAAGCUCAAAUUUUCCACUUUCACGUUACGUGUUCUGCACCUACACAGACCGCAAGGUGACUGUGAGCCUCAGUCUACCCGAGGCUGGGGUGUAUCGGCUAGGACUCUAUGCCCGGAUCACCACCGGAGGAGAUUUCAGCCCGAUGUGUGAUUUUGUUUUAAGGAACAACUCUCCUCAGAUAAGACCUCCAUUCCCCUGUGUCUACUCUGCCUGGGGGAAAGGAUGCGUGCUGUUUGAGCCCCGUGUAGGCCUGCUGGAGCCGCUCUCCUGGGUCCUUUUCAGGGUUCGGGUCCCUGGAGCCCUCCGGGUAAGUGUGGUGGGAGAGAGCCGAACUGACCUAAAACUGAACAAGACCAGAGUCUGGGAGGGGGAGGUUUUCAGUGGAAACAGUCUUCAGCAACUGAAACUGGCAGCUUCUUUGGGCGACUCCAGUGAGAUGUCCGUUUUGAUGAUGUUUGAUGUAAAGCAGCUUCAGCCUGAAGAUGCUAAUAAGGACUGACAAAACUUAGAGUCAAGAGAAAAAUGUCUUCACAAUGGAAAUUAUGACCCGACUUUAAGGUGUGAAUAGGUGUGUGAGCUAUGUUCCAGUGAAGCUCUACGAGACAGUGACUGACUGAAGAUUAUUAUGGAGGUUCACUUUAGAUUUAUACAAGACUUCUCCAACAGUUCUAGUGCUGGUCAUAAAAACUUGAAGAACCAUUAGCAGUAAUAUUUAUCUUCUGAAUAACAUUAACUGUCUCAUAACUUGUGUGUAUGUUUUACCUUUUGUUCUUUUAAAAUCUGCUUCAGUUUAUUGGGAACAUUUUUUGUGCAGUUUGCUAGAGUUCCACUGGAGUACCUCAGUCAGACUGAGGGCUGGGCUGUUAUUAGACCAUUACACCAGUUUUGGUUUUUUUUCCCCCUUUGAGAGCCAAUCAGCUGCGGAUUUUCUGCUCUGUUCUGACUAACUGUUGUUGUCAGAUGAUCCCAUUUUAAAUAAGCUCCGGCAGUAGAUCAAAUAAGCUCUAUUGACUCAGGAAGCCUGUGAUAUUCAGUUUUCAUGGUUGAUUCAAUGAGAACAAGAUGCAAAGGCCCCGCUGCUUCAGAGGAUGCAAACAUACAGACCUCUACUGUUGUGCUUGACUUUCAGUAUGAGGUACUUCCUGUAAGAUGCUUUUUGUUAUUGUUUUACUAAACAUCUCCACUUCUCCCUCAUCUGUCCAAUAUGCUUCUCACUGACCAUGCCUUUGGUAAAAAAAAUUUUUUAAAGUACUGAACCAGUGUAGUAGGUGAUGAAUGUCAUUUAUCUGGCAUCAACCUAACUUUAUGACUGAAUAAAGACCAGAUGCAUUUCAUUGUCAUAAUCUGCCUAAAGGUACACGUUUAAAAAUGGUGCUAAGUGAUGUAGUUAUAUCAAUCAAAAAUGCAUUGGUGUACAGUCAGUGUGGUAUGUAAUGCCAAACUGCUGUUAAAAGGUAUGCAAUAAAAAUACAUUGUGAAAAUAACA